CCCCGCUCCCGAUCCGCCCCGGCCCCGCUCCGCGUGCCCACUCGCGGGCGUCCUUGCCGCGCCAUGCCGCGGUGGCCGGUGCCGGCGUGAGAGGCGAGCGGCGGGUCGCAGCGGCCAUGCGGCGCCUGGCGGGCUGGGCCGUGCUGGUGGCCCUGGGCGAGUGGCUGUGGGCCGGCGGCGUGGUGCCGCUGGCGGAUUUCUACCCCUUCGGGCCCACGCAGGGCGACGCCGCCACGCGGAAGCAGGACGACGGCGGCUCCGAGCUGCGGCCCCUCUCUGUCCCCUUCCCGUUCUUCGGCGCGGGGCACACCGGCCUCUAUGUGAACAACAAUGGGAUCAUCUCGUUCCUGAGGGAGGUCUCCCAGUUCACGCCCGUGGCCUUCCCCAUCUCCAAGGACCGGCGCGUGGUGGCCGCGUUCUGGGCAGACGUGGAUAACCGGCGGGCGGGCGACGUGUAUUACCGGGAGAGCACGGAGCAGCCCAUCCUGGAGCGCGCCAGCAGGGACAUCGCGCAGUACUUCCCCGAGUUCCCGGCCUUCUCCGCGCAGUGGGUCUUCAUCGCCACCUGGUACCGAGUGACCUUCUUCGGGGGCAGUUCGUUGUCGCCGGUAAACACCUUCCAGAUUGUCCUCAUCACGGACGGCAAGCUCUCCUUCACCAUCUUCAACUAUGAGUCCAUCACCUGGACCACGGGUAUGCACGCCAGCAGUGGGGGGGACAUUGCCGGGCUCGGCGGCAUCGCAGCGCAGGCAGGUUUUAACGCCGGUGAUGGAAAGCGCUACUUCAACAUCCCCGGAUCCCGCACCGAUGACAUCGCUGACGUGGAGAUGACGACAAAUGUGGGUAUCCCCGGGCGCUGGGUGUUCAGAAUCGAUGAUGCCCAGGUGCAAGUGGGGGGCUGCAGCAAUACAACCUCCGUCUGCCUGACACUGCGGCCCUGCCUCAACGGGGGGAAGUGUAUCGAGGACUGCAUCACAGGGAACCCCUCCUACACCUGCUCCUGCCUGGCCGGCUUCACUGGGAAGAGGUGCCACAUCGAUGUGGAUGAGUGUCUCUCCCACCCGUGUCAGAAUGGAGCCACCUGUCUCAAUGGUGACGGCAGCUUCAGCUGCAGGUGCCCGCCGGGCUUCAGAGGCACCACCUGUGAGACUGAAGAGUCGCCAUGUGAGAGCAGAGAGUGCCAGAACGGCGGGAGCUGCCAGGCACUGAAUGGGACGGCGGUGUGCAUGUGCCAGCCGGGGUACACGGGGACAGACUGCCAGGCAGAGGUGGAUGAGUGUGAGUCCAGCCCGUGCCUGAAUGGUGGGCGCUGCAUGGACAUGGUGGGUAACUACAGCUGCGUGUGCCCGGAGCCCUUCGUGGGACAGCGCUGUGAGACAGACUCAUCUUCCUGCGAGGACCGCAGCUGCCGCAACCGGCAGACGUGCAACUACAUCCGCCCCGGCCGCUACAUCUGCACCUGCUCCCCGGGUUAUUACGGCAACAACUGCCAGUAUGGCGGCCCCCGUGUGCCUGGCGCCUGCCUCUCCCACCCGUGCCAGAACGCAGGCAGCUGCCUGGAGACGGAGCAGGGAUACGUCUGCGAGUGCCAGGAGGGCUACACCGGGCAGGACUGUCGUGACAAGCUCUCGGAGGGCUGCGAGUGUCGCAACGGGGGCAGUUGCCUGGAGGGGAACGUCACCGUCUGCCAGUGCCCACCUGGGUUUUUUGGUCUCCUCUGUGAAUUCGAAGUCACCACCACGCCGUGCAACGUGAACACGCAGUGCCCGGAUGGCGGGUACUGCAUGGAGUACGGCGGGAGCUACCUCUGCGUCUGCCACACCGACUACGGCACCAACCACACGAUGCCGUCCCCCUGCGACUCAGAGCCCUGCCUGAACGGGGGCUCCUGUGAGGCUCACGACGACUCAUACACCUGCGAGUGUCCUCGAGGCUUCCUGGGCAGGCACUGCGAGAAAGCUAAGCCACGGCUCUGCAGCACGGGGCUCUGUCGCAACGGGGGCACCUGCAGGGAGGCGGACGGCGAGUACCACUGCUCCUGCCCCUACCGCUUCACGGGCAAGCACUGCGAGAUCGGUAAGCCGGACCCCUGCGCCUCGGGGCCCUGCCAGAACGGGGGCACCUGCUUCCACUACAUCGGCAAGUACAAGUGCGACUGUCCCCCGGGCUACAGCGGCCGGCACUGUGAGAUCGUGCCCUCCCCGUGCUUCCUUAGCCCCUGCGAGAACGGUGCUACCUGUGAGGACCUCAGUGGGGGCUACGCUUGUGUGUGCCCCGUGGGCUACGUGGGGAAGCACUGCCAGUCUGAGGUCGAUUGUGGUGUCCCCAGUGAGGUGAAGCACGCCCAGGCCUCAUUCAACUCCACCAAGGUGGGCUCGCUGGCUGAAUACCAGUGUGAGCUGGGCUACACCCUCAGCCAGCACAACCACCCCCGCAUCUGCCACUCGCUGGGUGUCUGGAGCGACCCCCCUGAAUGCCACGAGAUCGACGAGUGCCGGUCCCAGCCCUGCCUGAACGGCGGCCAGUGCAAGGACCACGUGGCCCAGUUCCUGUGCCUGUGUGAGCCGGGCUUCACCGGCCGCCACUGCGAGUCAGAUGUCGACGAGUGCCAGUCAGAGCCGUGUAAGAACGGUGGGACCUGCCGGGACCUGCCUGGAUCCUUCAUCUGCUACUGCCCCGAAGGCUUUGUGGGGACCCAGUGCAAGACAGAGGUGGAUGCCUGUGAGUCAGAUCCGUGCCGGAACGGAGGCGAGUGCGAGAGCUACAGGGGCUCCUACCUCUGCGUGUGCCCAGAGGGUUUCUUUGGCUACCACUGUGAGACAGCCAGCGACCCCUGCUUCUCCAGCCCCUGCGGGAGCAGAGGCUACUGCCUGCCCGGCAACGGCACCCACAGCUGCACCUGCAAAGUCAGCUACACAGGCAAGAGCUGCGAAAAAGAAUUGCUGCCACCAACCUCAUUAAAGGUGGAAAGGGUGGAGGACACUGGUGUGUUGAUUUCUUGGCACCCACCUGAGGACGCAGCCGCCAGGCAACUCAUUGACGGCUACGCCGUGACGUACGUAUCCCUCGACGGCUCUUACCGCAGGACAGAUUUUGUGGACCGAAGUCGUUCUGCCCACCAAUUGCGGGCACUAGCCUCCGGCAGAGCCUACAAUAUUUCUGUCUUUUCAGUCAAACGCAACGUGAACAACAAGAAUGAUAUCAGCAGGCCCGUCAUGCUCACCACGCGCACUAGACCGCGUCCGGUGGAAGGCUUUGAGAUCACGAACGUGACGGCCAGCGCCAUCACGGUGCAGUGGGCUCUCCACCGGCUCAAGCACUCCACUGUCAGUAGGGUGCGGGUGUCCAUCCGGCAGCCGGGGGACCUGGCGGCCCGCACCGUGGAGCUGAACAGCAGCGUGGCCAAGUACACCUUCCUGGACCUGCAGCCAGGAGAGAGGUACAUCGUCCACGUCACGACGCUCAGCGGUCUGGGGACGGAAGACCACCCCUCUGAGAGCCUGGCCACGGCCCCCUUCCACGUGUGGACCAGGCCUCUUCCCCCCCAGAACCUCACGGCGUCCCGCGUGGGCGCCAGCUCGGUGUCCAUGGCGUGGGAGCAGCCACCCGGCAGCGCCGCGGACGGGUACAUCAUCAACGUCACGACGGCGCAGAGCGUCAAGAGCCGCUACGUGCCCAACGGGAAGCUGGCGGCAUACACGGUGCGGGAGCUGCUGCCGGCGCAGCGGUACCGCCUGUCCGUCACGGCCGUGCAGAACACCGAGCAGGGCCAGCUGCACAGCGAGCCCAUCCACCUCUACGUCAGCACCCUGCAGAGGGACGGGGCUCUGGAGAGACGGUGGAACCAGGCCGGGCACCCCCGGGUGCUACGCAACAGGCUGCCGCCAGCUUUCCUGCCCGAGCUCCGCUUGCUGGCGGAUCGAGACACAGCCGAGGAGCCCUCGCCAGCCCCCAGGUUCACCGAGCUGGUGGAUGGCAGAGGCAGGAUCAGCGCCAGGUUCGGCCCUGCGCUGGGCAGAUCUGUCACUGUGAAGACACAGCCAGAGGCUCCAGUGAAGCUGGAGAACGUGGAGGUUUCCAGCCGGGGCAGCCUGGCACUGCAGCUGCGGGAAGCAAAGAGCAAGAGUGAGGGGCAGAACUGCUCCACGAACCCCUGCAGGAACGGAGGCACCUGUGCCAGGGAGGCCGAGUCCUACCACUGCGACUGCCGCCCGGGCUUCAAGGGCCGGCUCUGUGAGCUGGCCUGCAAGAAGGUGCCACACUCGUGCACGCGGCUGUACUCGGAAGCCAAGUCAUUCCCUGUGUGGGAGGGAGGCACCUGCCGCUACCUGUACAGGAGAGUUUACAAGGUACACCAGGACGUCUGCUACAAGGAGAGCUGUGAGAGCACCGGUUCCCAGAAGCCAGACAGCAGAAAACCAAGCAACAGUCACACACUGAAGGAGCCAUAGUAGUUCAAAGCAGUAGAAGCUUCGUCUUUCCUCAUCCAAGGGCUUUUUGAAACACCAGGAAGAUCAGAUACGCUCGCUGGACUGAACACAGCAGGCAAACCUUCCUGCCUGGCACCAGCCUCUCCCUCUCCUCCAGCCCAUCAGGGUCACACAGCCUGACCCGCACGCCCAGCCGCGCUCCCUUCCCUCUGCUGGACCAGCACGGCCCUGGCUCGGGCUUGCCUCGCUCCGGCCACCUCUCUGCCCGCAGCUGAGCACCAGACCACCGGGGCUGGCUGCCCACCCCUGAGGGGACCAGCCCCUCCUCAGCCCCCCAGCAGCUCUGCCUGGGCCACAGGCUUCUGGCUCUGCUCAGGCAUCAGUGAGGCUGAGCCCAGCGCCCCGCCAACAGCAUCUGCACCAACCUGUUUUCAUAACCUAAGGUUAUAAGUUACCUAUAACCCCCAAAUAAAACAGUUUAAUGCAGACCAACAAGCCUCAGCCAUCACCUGAAACGUGACCCACAACGAUCUGGCUGGAGGAGACUAGGUGAGCAGCUUCCCUGAGCAGCGAGGCGAGCGUGGGCGCUGGAGCCAAAGCCCUGGGCCCUGCUGGAGGAAACGGAGGCAGCUUCUCCUGCCUGCCUUUCUCCUUGGGACACAACCCCUGGCUUUAAACAAAUUUCCAUCUCAGAAAGCAAUGUAAGGCCUGGAAACAAUUUGAGAAGUGACCUAUAGGGUGAAGUUUGCCACCUGUGUAUCACCACCCCUGCUGUGAGGCUGCCAACCUCCCAGCCCCUGCAGGGCACCAUCUGCUCUUGGUGCCCAGUGAACUCCCUCAGCCUUUGCCUUCCCCAAGGCAGAAGCCCAGGCCUGGCUGCUGGUGUGGGGCUGGAGAGGGGGGUCUCACACAGCAGCUGCCCCCCUAGCUGUGCCAGGGCAAGGAACAAGUGUAGCUUAGAAACAUUCCUAGUUUGUGUGAGCUUGUACAGCAACACUAGUUAAACAUAGGUUUGUGUAUUACUGUACACAGUGUAUAUUAUAAAUUAAUACAUACCAGAGAGAUAUCAUAGCUAUGGCAUAGAGUGUUAUUUCCUCAGCAGGGUGGGGAGCAGCCCUGGGGCCACCCUCCCCUCCCACAGACGUGUGUACAGCUGCAGCCCAGGAGACCCUCUCAGAGUAGAACAAGCCCCAGAGUUUGGGUGCUCCUGGCACCCGCCUCUCCCUCCUGCAGCAGCACCGGAGCACGGGGUCAUCAGGCAGCAGCCGGGGAGCGGCAGGGACCAUGUCAAGCCAUGACCUGACCCGCUGGCCAGUGUGCUGCUCCCUUCUUGCAUGGCCUCUAGCUCUGCUCCCGGGCGACAAUCAGAAUCAGAUGGACUUGCCUUGUCUUCCUCCAAGGCUGCCUGCUCCUGCUCCAGCCUCCCUGCUGUACAUGGGGAGAAGCCAGCCUGGAAGAGCAGGGCCAGAGCAACAGCACAACAGCCUCUGCUGUCCACCGAGGAGGGGAGUUUGGGGCUGCAGACAGAAAGCGUUUGCACCCUCCCUGCUCAGCAGCUGCAGCCAGCCCUGACGUGGGUCAGUCCCUGCAGCCCUGGGCUGUGUGGCCCCCUCGAGCCAGCCCCGCAGCCAGCCCACCAUGUAACGCAACCAGCAGGUUUAACCUAACCUUGGAAAGGAACCAGUCCCUCGGGUUUGCCUUUUUUUCUCAAAAAUAAACACCU